GCAUAGCUUGUGACUUCAGGAAGUAACAUACAAAAUAUUAGCUCCUCCUAUAUCUGUUGUUGAAGUAAAUGGUGAAACUUCAGAGGGAGUCAGUCCACAAACAAUGAGUCAAAGAUGACAGAGAUAGGAGGAUGAAGCAAGCAGGAAGGAAUAGCAGAAGCCCAAAUACUACAAGCUGCCUGGCUGUUUUGUGCAUAUAAAACUGCCUGAUUAGCAUCGAUAGAGGGAAAAUACACUGCCACCAACUUGGAUCUUCUCCAGACAUAUCGUUUCCGGAAGAAUAUUCUUUGACAUUUCUCUCUCUCUGCUAUUCUUAUGUGCACAGGAGAGAGAGGAUGGAAUAGCACAGCAGCAGGAGAGAACCAUCUGAAAGGGGAUUUCACAGCAUUUAUUAACUUCAGGCUUUAGAAUGAUUCCUGUAGUUUGGAUUGCUGCUUUCCUCUUCCUUGGCACAGCAAAAGCCAAUGAAGUCUGCUAUAAACAUCUAGGUUGCUUUUCUGAUAAGCCCCCUUGGUCAGGAAUACCUGGGAGAAACCUGUUUGGCUUACCAGCAUCUCCUGAAAGCAUGAAUAUUUCUUUUUUGCUUUUCACUAGAGAGACUGGGAAUCUUUCACAGAAACUGUUAUACACCGAAACAUCAACUGUUCAAAAUUCUUAUUUCUCUCCAUGGAGGAAAACUCACUUUGUUAUCCAUGGAUAUACCAGCACUGGAAAAUAUGGCUGGGUUGUGGAGAUGUGCUUGCUGCUGGUGAAGGUGGAGAACGUAAACUGCAUUGCUGUAGAUUGGGAAGAUGGUGCCAAAUGUACCUACUUCACAGCCGCAAGCAACAUUCGUGUUUUAGGGGCUGUAACAGCUUAUCUUAUCAACACUUUAAGGAAAGUGUAUCACUAUUAUCCAUCCAAGAUCCACCUCAUUGGUCAUAGUCUUGGUGCUCACACUGCUGGAGAAGUAGGAAGACGACUUCGAGGCAUUAGCAGAAAAUUUCCAGGCAUUGGCAGAAUAACUGGCUUGGAUCCAGCUGGGAUGGGUUUUGAAGGUUUCCCUGAUAUGGUCAGGCUGGAUCCUUCUGAUGCUCAAUUUGUGGAUGUCAUACAUACCAAUGCUGGAAAAUUUCCCACGAUAGGAUUUGGUAUGUUCAACGCCACUGGUGAUCUUGACUUUUACCCCAAUGGUGGAAGGGUUAUGCCGGGAUGUGAUGAGAAGAAUACAACAUUAGCUGAAACUGACUUUGAGGGCUUUGAUACAGAAAUGCAGAGUGUAGGAAACUGCCACCACUCAAGAAGCCAUGAGUACUACAGGUACAGCAUUCUCUUUCCUGGAGGAUUUCUUGCUUACCCAUGUGAAUCAUAUGAAUCCUUCAAAGAGGGAAAUUGCUUUCCAUGCCCCAGAGAAGGCUGCCCAAUGAUGGGUCACUAUGCUGAUCGGUUCUGUUAUAAACUAAGGAAGAACAACCCAAAGUACUUUUUAGAUACAGCAGCUACGAAGCCAUUUACCAGCUGGCUAUAUAAUAUAUCGGUCAAGCUAUCUGGAAUGAAAGGCGUGAAGGGAGAAAUGGACAUAGCUUUCCAAAUGAAAGAUGGAAAGACAAAAGAAUACCAAAUUGGGAGUGGCAGCCUUAACCAAGGGCAAACCUACUCAAAGCUCAUCAGUGUCGAAAUUAAUCCUGCAGAAGCUUCACGAGUUGAAUUUAUUUGGCAUAAGAAGUUCUUCACUUUACUCUGGGUUAAACUGGGAGCUGAAAGAGUGCGUCUAGUCCGUGGAAAGGAUGGGCAGGAAUCUUUCUUUUGUGGCAGUGGGACAGCAACAUACGGAGUUCCUCAAAUACUUACACCUUGCUGAGCAUUAAAAGGAAGCAGAUUAUGUAUAUGUAAAUUACAAGAGCAUAGAACUGCUUUUUUCACUUGGCCACUGAAAGAGCUUGAAGGUUUGAAACAUGGUUGUGCUUCUUUCUUAGUCUGCUCUGUGCAAAAUCAUGGUUUGUUUUUAAAACAAGAAGUCAUUGUUAUAAUUUCUAUCUGCUUUCUAAAUACAUGAAAGUACUGUAGACAUUAAAAAAUGGAGAUUUUGAUGUAUACUGGGAGUUCAUUCCUGAUCCAGAAAUAGGGCACAAUAGAUCAGUAGAAAAGAAAGGACACAGCCGCAUAGGGUCAUGAUGUGUCCUCAAGAGAGGCCCCUAGAAGGCAAAGAGACCCUUGAAUUGUUAAUCCUGAGCACCAUCGUUGCACAAAUCCAACCAUGUCUGUACACUCUGACAACUGAUUGAAUUGAUAUGUCCAAAUGGGGAAAUGUGUGC